UGGGCCGCUGGGAGGGCUCUGGGUUGCAGGGCGUGUCCGCUGGCGCCCAGCGCGACUUCCUGGGUUAUCGUGUUCCCUCCGGCCUGGUGCCAGCCGGACUACAGGGAGCGCAGACACUUUGGGGCCAUGAGGAGCAGUUGUUACUGGAGGUUAGUGAAGUUACUCGCCGCUUCAGCCCUGCUUGUCCUGUCCGCUCAAAUAUUUUUUUCCACAACGAGUAAACCUCCGCCGAAGCCCAGCGCCCUCUCAGUGGAGGAGUACCGGCUCCUGUCCCCUCAGACAUACCAGUAUCAUCUCAAUGAACCCGCUGUAUGCAGGGACAGAAGCCCCUUCCUGCUCUUUAUGGUCCCAGUGUCCCCUGUGGAGGCUGCAGCGAGGCAGGCCGUCAGGUCAACAUGGGGAGCUCCUGCUCCAGGCCGGGACAGCCUAACUCUAUUCUAUGUAGGGCUCCCUGAGGGGGGGCAGGGCUCCUCCUCUCAGGACGAGCUGGAGGAGGAGAGCAGGAGACAUGGAGACAUCAUCCAGAUGAACUUCCAGGACAGUUACCAGAACCUGACCAUCAAGACCAUGAUGAUGAUGAACUGGCUGUCCACCCACUGCCCCAACGCCUCAUACGCCAUGAAAGUGGAUGCUGACAUCUUUGUGAAUGUGUUGUACCUCAUCAGGAGGCUAAGCAGCUCCCCCAGACAGGGCUUCAUCACAGGCUCAGUGAUCAGUGAUGGCAGACCCAGGAGGGACAGCAACAGUAAGUGGCAUGUGUCAAAGGACCUGUACCCUGAUGACAGCUUCCCCCCGUAUGUGUCCGGUGCUGGGUACGUCUUCUCCACAGACCUGGCCCCCAGGAUCUCCUGGGCCUCCAGGUUUGUCAGGAUGAUCCCCCUGGAGGACGUCUACGUGGGGCUGUGUCUGCACGUGUUGGACGUCCGGCCCGUGUACUGCCGCAGCCUGACUCUCAGGAACCUGUUUGAAAUCCGACAGCUGGAGUACGACAGGUGCACUUUUGCCAAACUGGUCAUUGUCAACGGUUUUAAGCCACCACAGCUGCUGCACGUGUGGCAGGACUUCUCCAAGGGCCACAGCAGCUGCUGACUGCAAUUUCAGCAGACUGCUGCUUCAGAGUUCAGGCGAGCAGUAAUGAGACAAGCAGCCUGCUGGAGAGGAAAGAAAGCCAUGAGAGACACAGCCAUCAGGAAAUUAUAUUAAUACUAUUUAUUUGCAGGGAAUUAUUUAAAUUAAUUAAAUUGAGCACUGUAUAGAGAUGUAAAAUAAUGUAGAUGUCAAUUAAUUAAUAACUUUCUCACAACCUAGGAUUAAACUUUUUCAAGUCCAAAUGUCAGCGGUGGAAAAAUAGAAGUAUAUUUCUGAUACACAAAUUAGAUAAGAAAUUUCAGAUUUUUCUUGUAUCUUUUUUUAUUGCAAAAUUCUGCUUAGUUUAAUUCCAGACCUUUAAAAUCCCCAAAACUCAGAAGGUAACAUAACUCUGUCAUUGAUUUGCUCACAAACCCCCAAACAUAUUCAGCCUGUGUCAUAGUACACAUACAUGUCAGUCCUCAAAGAACAGAGAAAGUGUGCUGCUUUCUCUCUUUUGUAUCAUCAUAAACUGAAUGUAUAAACUGGGCAUUAAUCACUCAUUCAUCCAUGCUCGUCACAAGUUCACAAGUUCUACUUUUGUUUUUUCUGCCCAACAUAUUCAGGUCAUGGUCCUGUAAAAAACUAAGAAAAGCAGGGACGAGAAUAAUUGCAGAUUAAUUUUGUGUUGAUUGACGGGUCUAAUUGAGUAUCAGGGAAUUCAACCAACAGCUCACUAUACAGAGACAAUAAAGAAUGUAGUUCUUAAAUAUUAGUGGACUCAUCAUAUAGUUGAUCGACAAAAUCUUCAACAAAUCAUGUUUGUCAGGUAACAAGAAUAAAUGCUUCUCAAAUAGGAGCAUUAGCUGUUUUUCCUCUGUUAUGAUUCUAUUUAUUUCUGACAUUUAUUAGACUUAACAAGUAAUACAAAUAAAACCAAUUGAUACAUUUAUCAAAAAUAAAAUGUCAGAAAAUAAUGAAAAAUGACCAUCACAGUUUAUUCAGGGUGCAAUGACAGUGUGGCCCACUGUCCUGCUGCUGGAGACUGAUGAGGCUGACGUUCUGGGAAUAAAUCUGAUAAUGAAAAUAGAUAAUUCUUUGGUUGUUCUGAAGCCCGAGAGGAAGCAACAGCAGAUAUUUACUUUAACUUGUUAAUCCAAAGUGCUGGGAAAGUCUUAUCAUCUGUCCUACAUAACUUCUCAGAGUCCUUACACCAAAGACUAUUUGAAAAUAGAUCCUUAUUUUUUCUAGCUGCACUUAUUCUUCAGCUCGUGCCUGCUGGGUUUGUGCUCCACAUGUACGGUAACGACAUGGAGCCACAGAAUGUAGACUUUAUAAGAUAACCUGCUGCUUACUUUUCACUGUACUGUGCCUAUGUAUUUACAAUAUGCAGUUUAUGACAGUGUGCCUAUUUCUGUUCGUGUUGUAGUUGCACAUGACGGCCAGCUGGUGGCAGUAUGUGCCAGCAGAUGACUUUUACAGUGGUUCCACUUCUCCUGUUGACUCAGUGCCUAAUGCAGAUAGAUGGGGAUAAUUAUAAAGAAAAAGCAUUUAAUUAUGUAUUUUUUAUUUGUUUUACUUUUUAAGUUCCUACUGAUACCUCAUCACUGGAUAUGGAAGCUACUUUUCUUACUGCAUAUAAAUGAGAAGAUAUAUUGCAUCCGCAUGUAUGUCUGAGUCCAAGUAUAAUAAUGUAUCAGUAAUUAUGUGGAUUUCUUUUGUUGUAUUAUUGCUGCUGCUACUUUGGCAUCACGAUGCUGGAAUAAAUACUGUUCCCAUAA